CGACGUUUGACUUGCUAUCUUAGUCUCCAACGGCGAGAAUGUUUACAAAUUUGGUGCACAUUGUUCCUGCAGGUCGCUUGAACCUUCAGCUUUUUUGGGGGCAAUACUUCAAUCUUCAGCAAUAAUUUGUUAAACCCAUCUUUGAUUCUUCUUUUUGUUCGGCAUUUCUUCAGUCUAAGUAUGCGAACGGGGAAUUUUCUCUCUGGGUAUAGGCUCAUUCAAGCAUUUCGUCGAACAGUUGCUAGCACUUCUUCUACGGUCAGUACAAUCCCCUUCCGAUUCAACUUUCUUUGCACUCAAAUCCCUGAUAACUCAUCGGCGAAAGUUCUAGAAUCAGAAUUGGAGGGACCCAAGUGCUUGUCUUUGAGAAUUGAGAGAAUACCGAAGGGAGAAUCGGUUGGGUAUGCCUUCAGGAGCUGGAUGGGCGAUGGUUUUCCUAUUCAUCGAGGCGACAUUUUUCAUGCCAUCAAUCGCCUCAGGAAGCUCGAAAGAAAUAAGCGCGCACUCGAGGUUAUGGAAUGGGUGAUCAGGGAGAAACCGUAUCGAGUAAAUGAAUUGGACUACUCCUAUCUGCUGGAAUUUACAAUCAAACACCAUGGCAUAUCACAAGGUGAGAAGCUCUUUUCUAACAUCCCUGUGGAAUUUCAAGGAGAGUUGCUCUUCAACAAUCUGGUGAUUGCAUGUUUAGAUAAGAGAGCAAUUAGACUCUCACUGGCUUACAUGAGAAAAAUGAGGGAAGUUGGCCAUUGCAUAUCACACUUAGUUUUUAACCGCCUCAUAAUACUCCACUCGUCUUCCCGUCGUAGGAAAAUUAUCCCAAAAAUUCUUACCCAGAUGAAGGCUGAUAAAGUGCCCUUGCAUGUUUCUACAUUUAACAUUCUUAUGAAAAUAGAAGCCAAUGAACACAAUAUUGAAGGGUUGAUGAGGGUAUUUGGUGAUAUGAAACGAGCUAAAGUUGAUCCAAAUGAGGUGUCUUAUUGCAUAGUAGCUACUGCACAUGCUGUGGCAAAGUUGUAUACUGUAGUUGAAGCCUACGCUGAGGCUAUAGAAAAAUCUAUCGUUGGGAGUAAUUGGUCGACCUAUGAUGUCCUAAUCAUCUUGUACGGCUAUUUGAAGAAGGAGAAAGAGCUAGAAAGGACUUGGGGUACCAUACAAGGAUUACCCCACAUCCGGUCUAAAAGUUUUAUACUAGCAAUUGAAGCAUUUGGCAGAAUUGGUUUACUAAGCCGUGCAGAAGAGCUCUGGUUAGAGAUGAAAACCAAAAGAGGAAUUAAAGCCACGGAUCAAUUCAAUUCUAUUUUAUCUGUGUAUUGCAGGCAUGGGUUGAUUAAAAAAGCAACAGAAAUCUUUAGGGAAAUUGAAGCAAAUGGGUGCAAACCAAAUGCCAUAACCUUUCGAAAUCUAGCUUUUGGUUGCCUGAAAGCUGGUUUGGUGGAGGAAGCCAUGAAAACACUAGAUCUGGGAUCAAAUACAACAAGCAGCAGCAAGAGAGUUAGAAAGUCAACCCCAUGGUUGGAAACCACUCUUUCAAUGAUUGAGAUUUUGGCAGAGAGGGGAGACGUUGAAAAUACUGAAAAGUUGUUUGAGGAACUCGAGGAAGCAAGGUAUACGAGAUACACAUUCGUUUACAACACUUUGAUCAGGGCUUACGUGAAAGCCAGGAUUCAUAAUCCAAAUCUAUUGAGGAGGAUGAUCAUAGGAGGAGCUAGGCCUGACUCUGAAACCUACAGUUUGAUCAAACUCUCGGAGCAGUUUCAAAGCUAAAUGAAUUUGAACCAUUGAUAUAAUUUCAACGGUCAGCAUUGGUUGAGAAGCUAACGUCAUGGUGGUCACCUGCCUAAGUUUUUAAUAUUUUAUGAGUUUCUUUGCCAAAUACAGUAAGGUCAUACAUUAAUCAGGUGCAUGCAAAUUAGCUCAGACUAUAGGUAAUGCUUUUAUGAAUGAUCCAUACUUCACCUCUGUUAGAUUCUUAUUACUCUAUCAGGCGUAGGCAGUCUUCUCCCUAGCAGAUAAGCCGUGGGUGUCUCGUGCCAACUUGGCUGACAAUGGAUGGUUGAUUCACGGGCAGCACCCCCACCCAGCCUACAAUGCAGACUUCUCUAAGUCCAAGAAGGAAGCCAAAUUUCAAAAGACAUAACAGGACAGGUGAUUGAAUGAUAUAUCAAAAUUGGGGUCCUUUCUUGUGAAUGUAUUUGCAAAAGAUAGCUGAGGAAGGACUAGGGAGGGCUGUCCCACAAAGGAAGGGCCUCUGAAAGGGAAAUAAAAAGGAAGAAAAAAAGAAGUAAAGGGUGCAAUUAGCAAAACAUGUUGGUCCCUUUUCGUGACAUUAUUUUGGUUGAAGAAAAGAGAAUUAUUUAUUCGAUAAGAAAUAAA